UACGCUGAGAAGAGAGCUGAGGGGAAGCUUUGGAAAACGCAUGACACUCAUAGGACGCAAGUGAAUGGACUCUGAGAGGUUGAAAAGAAGCAAGGACGACCGGUAGUGGAUCUGAUAGCCACGAACAAGAAAAUACUAACAGACCUGAUAAGAGGGACAAGCUACGCUCCUUCUAUUUUCUUGACAGGACUGACCGACCGACAAAGCCAUGCAGCACUACGGUGUAAACGGAUAUUCUCUGCACGCCAUGAACUCGCUUAGCGCCAUGUACAACUUACAUCAACAGGCGGCGCAACAAGCCCAGCACGCACCUGAUUACCGUCCAUCGGUACACGCGCUGACCCUCGCUGAGCGGUUGGCUGAUAUUAUACUCGAGGCUCGGUACGGGUCUCAGCAUCGCAAACAGCGUCGGAGUCGUACCGCGUUCACCGCCCAGCAACUGGAAGCAUUGGAAAAGACCUUUCAGAAAACGCACUACCCCGACGUUGUGAUGCGUGAGCGGCUGGCCAUGUGCACAAACCUGCCUGAGGCGCGCGUCCAGGUGUGGUUCAAGAACCGUCGGGCAAAGUUUCGCAAGAAGCAGCGCAGCCUUCAGAAGGAGCAGCUGCAGAAGCAGAAAGAGUCGUCGAGUGACGGAACAAGCGAGAAGACUGAGUCUCCCCCUGCCAUGAACCUGGAGAAUCCAUUGCCUCCCUCCUCAGCCUCGUCCUCGUCCUCUUCCUCCGUCGAGGCGGAGGUGCCGCCACACGCGCUCACGUCGGAGCUGAGUGUGGAGCUCAACGUCACCUCGGCGGAGCAAUCGGGGAGCGAGUCAGCCACUGAAGACAACGCAACUGACAAGGAGGAAGAUCUCAAGCCCCACCGAGAUGAACUGAAGGCUGAGAAGGGGCUGCAAUCAGGGAGUCACACUCCACCUUGCAAACAUCUAAGCCCCAAACCAGAUUCUCCCCUUGGUUCACCCGUGAUCCCAUCCUCUUCGGCUGGCGUGGCCGGCGGCCUCUCCCAGAGCCACUCGUACUCAUCCUCCCCCCUCAGCCUCUUCCGCCUGCAGGAGCAGUUCCGCCAGCACAUGGCCGCCACCAACAACCUGGUGCACUACCCUUCCUUUGACAUGGCAGCGCCCUCCUCCAUACCGUACCUGGGCAUGAACGUCAACAUGCCGGCGCCCCUGGGCUCGCUGCCCUGCCAGUCCUACUACCAGUCACUCUCGCACCAUGCGCAGCAGGUGUGGAACAGCCCCCUCCUGCAGGCUUCCGCUGCGCUGCCCAGCCACAACAGCAAGACCACCAGCAUUGAAAACCUGCGCCUCCGGGCCAAGCAGCACGCUGCCUCGCUGGGUCUGGACACGCUGCCCAACUGACCAUAAAAACCCCAGCAAACAAAAAAACCCAAGAAGUGCUCGAACAAGGGAGUGCUUGGCUAAACCCCCCCUCACCUGCCUCAAGGACCCUUUUAUGUGUAGGUGCCAUCCCUCGAAAACAUACAAGACAGUUCACAGAAUCCAACCAAAAUGACAAGGAGAAUAUUUUGGUUCUCAGAAAGACUGGUGAUCUGUAAACUUGUGUAUUCUAUUUGUUAUCUUGAUUUCUGAGCAAAAACCUCAUUCCUGUCGUUGAUGCUUGACAAAAUAUCAGAACUAUUUGUGGAAAUGCAAGUUUGUGUUUAAGCUUUUGUCACCAGUGAAAAAUAAUUUAGCAGUUUUUUGUUUUAAAAAGGCACAAUAAGUACAGAUUCAGUUAUGUUACAGUUUGACAGAAAGUAUUCAGACAACGAAACCACUCCCCCUGAAAUAAUCAUCUGGUCAAAUGGUCAGAGUGAUUAAGACAACUGCAUAGAUUACUUCCAAAGUUGUUGUGAGACAGGUGUAACUUACUGUACCUAAUAUAUACUAAUGUUACUAAGUAAACCUUUGAGAGCAACAUCAUUCUGAUAUAGAUAAAUACCAACACCUUUCCUCAUUUGCACAUCUUAAGCAGACAUACCUAUUUGAUUAUAGCACUUUUGAUAGAGGAGCUUAGUGCUUUGUGUGCACUGAGGCAGUAGGACAGGACCUGAGUAGACCCAUUCUAAUUCAAUUAGUCCAGUGCUCAAAUUACACAUUACAUAAUUCCGUACAUAAAAUGUAAGUCCCUGCCUUGUAAUAUCCGACUGCUUAAUUAAACCUGACUAAUUUACCUGCUUUAAUGGCCAGCGUUAAAUCGCGAGCAACUGAAAUCGGCUGGAUAAUAAGAAAAUGGUUUCAUUCACUACAUGCAUAAAGCUUUUAAUUACAUGUAGCCCUGGGCUGAACAAAAAUGCAAUUACGGACCAUGCCUGUCAUUUGAGAUUGCUGUAUGUCUCAUGCUCGGAGGUAAAAUAGUCACAACUGUAGGGAAAGUCAUGGCUCCUAAAGUGCAUGUUAGAAACGCGGCACGAACCGAAUAACCAAAACGACGGAUAUAAAAGAAAGAACGACCUCUGAAUCGUUACUGCCGCGUUAGAAGUUAAACAGCAACAUUUCGAACGGCACGAACUGAGUUAUAUUGUUUGCAUCACUCCCCACGAGACGUGGCUGACGGUGUUAUUACUUUUUGUUAUUCUUUUUUUUGUCCCUCUUUCUGUGUGAGGAAGAGGGGGAAUAACUCGAAGCAAGUCUCCAUGUGGAAAGCACUUCCGUGGACGCAGCUUUUCUCCUGCCUGCGCAUCCUCCCCUUACCGCUCAAAUUUCAUUGUGUUUGUAAACUGUUUUAAUAUGUAAAUUACACAAAGUCUCUAUCUAUAAAUGUUUACUGGUAAGGCAAAUGUAAAAGUUCUAUGUUUUAGAUCGAAAAGAAUCUCAACACCUCUCGUGGCGAUUCUUGUAGAUGUCCAUUGUAAGAUUGUAUCGGGCGGAGAGUAGACCCGCGCGCAUCUUCCCCUGGAUUAUUUAAUCUGAAAAGUCUCGUCGUUUAUGUAACUCCUCAAGUUGAUUUUCAUUGUUGCUGUGGUCAUACAGUUCUAAUCACUCACACCGUUUACAUCACAAUUAAGUGGUGAACUUGUAUACUGGUGGUGGGUGAUUCAGCAGAAAUAUAUACAUUUUUUUCUCUAUUACAACUGUAGGCUUGACAACUUGUAAAAUAAAUCCUCAAUAAAACAUUGCUUGGAGAUCUUUA